CUUAUCUCCAAUAUAAAUGUGUCUGUUGAGUAACUAGUUAUUUUAUUGAGAAAUGGAGAACUUUUAUCUCGGUACUCCGUAGAUGAGAUUGAUAACUAUGGAUUAGCAGAGCUAGAAAUUUUGAUUUUCCUUUUUCUAAUCAUGUCCAUCUUUUUUCUUAGCCACAUUCAAUAAGUUAGUUACGUGUAUUAUUUACUGUGUAUAACUAUCAGACUCCGGAAAGAUAACAACAGCCCCAUCACAGUGGCCCGAAGCCGUUUCUAGCUAGCUUCCUGAAGACCAUUGAAGGAACCAGCGUGCCUCUGCUCCAAGGGACCACAACUCCAACCCAGUACGCAUGGAUCAGUGACAGCAAUGUGUACCUAGGAGGCAUAUACUCCGUUAUAUGACAAUGAUACAGGUUCAAAGCAUCGACGUUGGCAUAAGUAAGCCAGUGAUACCCCUGGCUGAGCAUUUCUUUGUCAGUAAGAACAAAUAUCCCUGCCUGUCCAUCAAAAUUGAAAACGGAAGACUUCUUGCCUUCAUCCGUCUAUGUGGAUCGCACAUCAUCGAAUACCUAUGCAUCUGGGACCCCCGACAAUGCCUGGAUCGCGUAUGGAUGUGCGAUGUAACAAUUGAUGCUUUUGAUUACACAUUGGGGCAAAUAUAUUAAAUAGCAAUGCGGUGUGAUGCGGUGUGAUCUCGUGGUCGGGUUGACGCCCAUAUGGAUAUAUAUAUACGCACAUCUUCAUUGGCUCGUCGAGGUCAACAUUUUAUAUCAUGUUAUUUAGUUAACUAAUCGACUAAAGAAAAAAUUAAAGAAAAACUAAAAAGAAAUGUCGAAAAUUAUAAGAGACCUCCUUCCUUUCGUGUUUCAAAAGUCACCGAUAACAUUAAACACGCCUCUGUCUACUGCAUCCUUGCCGAGGGCCCCGUGUAUGGGGCAAAAGCGCAGCAGCACUACUCCGCCUAUGCUCCUCCCUCUACUCUCUCUACUUCUCCAAGGAGUAACGAUAAGAAGAGAUCUAUAUAAUGAAAGAUAAGGAAAAGAGAAAUGGACACAGCAUGAAAUGACUUCUACAUAUAUAUAUCUAACCGCGCGACUGGAGCCGGGGAUAUAAGAUAUCAACAAGGGAAAAUGACUGGCUCCAUAGCCGACCAAAGUAGCAGUAUGCAAUGCAUCCAUGGAUUAGAAAUGAAGCGCGACGAAGGGCUGUGUUGGAAUCUGGAUGCUUAUUACUCCUCCCAUGGGGAUAAUGAGAGGAAUGAGUGGGGUUAACAUACUCUUCUUACCCGCGGCCCUACAGUAUACAUAUUCAUAUACACCCAGAAACAUCUCGAGACGGACAGAAAAAACAUACCAGAACGAAAUAACGAAAGCACAAAACUCACCAAACAAAAACAAUGCACUCCACAAACACCCUCGCCGGCAUCCUUCUAUGCCUCACAGUAUCAACCCUCCCCAUGCUGGCCUCCGCCCUGCCGACCCCCAAUCAAUCUGACCUGGAGAAACCCAACACAGAAGCCCACCUGGCGCUGUCUCCCUUGGCGCUUGGAAAGGGGAUGAAUGUUGACAGGCGUGAUGAUCUGCGCGGUAAAGAUAGAGCACUUGCGAAAGCGGACGCGGCCCUCGAACUCGGAGUCGAUCUCGGAGUCGAUCUCGGAGUCGAUCUCGGACUCGGGCUCAGAGCCAGGAAUGGGCCGGCGCCGGCGGACUUAGUAAUACUACCUGGAGGACCCCAUGCUGGGGCGGCAGAUGGGAGUGAAAUCAAACACGAAAGCGAACAUGCAAGCGAGAGUGGAAGGGAAUUGGAAAGUGGGAAGCAGCUAGUUAAGAGGUUUAGGUGGUGGUAUUGGAGGUCUGCGACGGAUGAGGCAGAGCCAAUGCAUGGGGGAUUGAAGGACGGUGCUGCUGCUGCUGGUGCUGCUGGUGUUCAUGGCGAUGUUCAAGACGGGGCAGAGAAGAAUGAUAUAUGAGAUUAUAGAAGCCAGUGGUUAAGGGAAAUUGGGUGACGGACAGUUUUUUUGUUCCUGAAGGCCAGGGCAGGGCUGGUCUAGGUUGGCGUAGGGCAAGACAGUGUGAUAGUUCAUCUUGAAAUAAAAUAUUUUUGUGGUCGAAUAUCUCGC